GUGGGGGUAAACGAGAGAAACAAAACGUGACGAGGCACCCGAAGCGUCCUGUUAUGCAACCGCUGACCUACUAACAUACAUUUCUAAACAGAAGCAGCUAGCGGCAGGAUACUGAGCAACUCGCCAACACAACACAAGAAGGAAGCAGAGCAAAAACACACGGGCUGCGGAAUCCAUGCGUUCAGGACGCGGCGUGUAGUGCGUGUGUGUGGACACCUCGCCUUUCCAUUCAAGUCUUUGAGGCUGAUACAAAGAGACUAAUAAUAACCACCUGGCCCCAAAUAUUUGGAUACACACACAAAACCCACAAAAGCCUUUCAUCGAAAACCCAGCUGGAGGCUUUAGGAGCAGCAGCACCCCUCCCCAAGAGGCUGGCAAGCUGGGGCAGACCGAGUGACCUAUAUCCUCCAACACGCCCAAGGCACUGGGACACAUCUCUGUGGCACGAUUGAGCCCGUUUCAUAAAGGAACAAAAGUGAAAACAAAGAAAAAGGCGGUCAGAAUCUUUUAAGCCGUUUUGGCCACCUUCUCUGUACUUUAUUGGCUCUCAUUUGGCUUUGACCAACAUUGUGUGGCAAAGAGUAAAAGCAGGAGACUCAUAGUAAAGUGCACCUGUUCUUGCUCUUCUUGGACAACCUGGACACUUGAUCACCAAGGACUAUUUGCGUGCAAUUCAAAUCAACAAAAUCAAUGAGGUUCAGCUUUUCAGAAGCUAAAACACCUCAUAAAGUCUUUGCUGAUCCAGCUACUUAGCUGAAGAUUCUCCAAUCAACGGUCAAGAUAUCCUACAGGGAAUCUUGUAACCACCUUUCCCCCAUCCCCGUUUCUUCAUUAAUUUCCAUUAUCGGUGGUGAAGCCGAGGAUGGAAAGUUUGAACUUGCAAAUCUCAACAAAUUCCAGUUCGAGCAAAACCUUAGAGAGCACAGACAGCUUUUCAGACUAUAGCGAUCUUCUCCAUUCACCUCAAAGCAACCCUCGCCGUGUUCUCAAACCAAAGUCAAACAACAUGAGCUGUCGACGCAAGCGUGAAUUUAUCUCAGAUGAGAAAAAGGAUGCAUCCUACUGGGAAAAGCGACGCAAGAACAACGAGGCAGCCAAGCGUUCCCGGGAGAAGCGACGCUUUAAUGACAUGAUCCUCGAGAACAGAGUUAUGGCACUGAACGAUGAGAAUGUACGCCUAAAAACUGAACUUUUACAGCUUAAGCUCAGGUUUGGUCUGAUAAGCACAGCCUCCUACGUGGAAAAGAGUCAGCAGAUUGCUGGAGCAGUCAAUGGAACUUCUGGCGGGAACUCAUCAUCAUCAUCCUCUUCCUCCAGUUGCUUCUACCCUAAUGGUUACUCUAGUGUUUCUCAGAUGAUGAUAAACUCUGAUUCUUCUGAAACAGAGCAGUCUGUUCGAGGGGACGGGCAUUUGAAAUUGACCAAGUACUCCCCACGAGGUUCCCUCUCUGAUUUGUCUGAUGGCUCCUCUCGGGACAGCCCAGAGCCAAUGGCGUAUGACAUCAAGCAGGAAGGGAUGGGUUUAGAGAUGGACAUUGUCAACAGCACCACCGCACAGUUCAUGUUCAACAUUCAUUCUAGACUACCAGCAGUUCUUCAACCACGGACUUUUGAGCAAGGUUAUUCAGCUAACCAACAGAAGCAACAACGCCAGGAGACGGUUGAAAGUCCUGACGUCCCGCAAUCUGCUCAAAGAAGUGUCAUCUUAUACCGUUCUAGCAGUGCCUCGUAUCCUGUUGAAACUCAGGAAAUGAUUCCAAAAGAGGAGCAGAACCUCAGCCAGCUUACAGAGGAACCAACCGAAAAAACCUUGGCAGAGGUGUCUAGACGGCUAGAGAGGAAGACUUUGGACUCUCCUCAUGACUACACAGAGGCCGCCGAAAGGCAAGCGCACAUUGCUCAGCGACAAAGGGUUGAUGCUGCCGCCCCAAAUCUUCUGGUGAGACCCGAGGAUGGAGAUGAAACACAGAUGUACCACUGUUCAAAUAGCCCCAAGGAAAACGACGAGCCACCAGUGCUGACCUACGAAGGAAGCUUGAGACAAGAAGAGUAUUAUGAGGCUCACUCAGGAAAGGACACUUCCUCAAGUGACGGGGAUCCCCGCACCUCUGAUAAAGAGGGCUCCACAGAUGAUGAGUCUCCCUUUUCCUCUUGCUCUGAUACAGGCAGCUACCACCCUCACAUAUUCAUGACCCAGAGCUCCUUUUCACCGAGCCAGUGCAAAGAUGGCCAAGCAGAAAUCAAAGGCACUGCCCUACCCCACAAAUUGAGACUCAAGCACAGAGCUCAAAGUGAGGGCACAUCAUCUCAAGACUCACCGACAACGCCACCUGCUAAUUUCCAACUAUUACCUCAGCACCCUUACCUGGCCUUGUCUCAAUCUGGCGGUCAGUCGAAUGCUGGGUUUUACAAGGAGGACACUUCAGUUGGAAGCAUUGAAUGUUGGAAGGAGGAAUCCAGCUUGCGUAACAGUUGCAACAAGAGACUUGACUGAAUGGGAAAACGUAGGACUCACUUGGGUCUUGGUAUAAACCCCCAAGAGACAUUUUAUAAACCCUUUGAGGUCCUACCUUCAUCCUCUAUCCUUCACCAAUUCCCUGUUUGUAUGGCUAGGAAUAAGAGAAGUGGACAUUGCCAGAACUACAUCAGGACAGAAACUGAUUGGUUUGGUUUGUUUGUUUAACUUCCUCUUAAGGUUACAGUGGCACUUUUAUAAGAGAAUUAAAUAGGAUGACAAGCUAUUGAUCGCACUUACCCGUAUUUCCUGUGCUGCACCAUGAUGUCAACAUAAGAGUACAUUCAAUUCAAUAGCAAUAUCUACAAUUUGUGAGGCAUUGUAACAGAUUCUUCUAUGUAAAUAGGCAAUUUCAAGUGCCCCUUAGUUUUUGGCCACAACAAAACAGAACAUUUGCAUCAUUUUUAAACAUAUCAAACAUCAGAAGAUUCAGGGAAAGUUCCCUUGACCAAAGAAACAUGGCUUUAAUUUCAUACCUCUCUCUGCUCCAUAUACCUCUAUCUGCUUUUCUAACUAGUGCUCCCAUCUCUUUUCCCACAUUCAACAGCCUAGCUACUGCUUUUUCAGGCACUUGUUUUGUAUGUAGAAAAUGUUUUAUAAUUAUUACAUAUGAAUAUAUUUUGAGAAGAAAACAAAAAUAUUAGAUUCUUGUCAAAAAAAUACUGUACAUUAUCGGUGUGUUUGCAGUGCCACUUCAUAUAAACUCCUUUUUUUUACUUUACCAAUUUGCAAAUAAAUAUUUUUUUGGAAACUUUCCAUUUAUAGGAAAAUUACAAAAUGCCCCAAAGCCUUUACAGAUUCAUUAGCAGGUUCAUGUAAUCGCCAUGUAAUAGAUACUAAAAUGUUUUUAUUGCAGUUAUAACUAAUUGAAAUGUCUAGUCUUGAAACACUGUUUAUCGUAAUAUGUAUUUUCCAGAUGUUUAAAACUACCCUAAAAAUUACAUUUACCUCCUAUUUUAUGUAGCCUUAUUAUUUAUUGUUUUGCUAGUAUAUCCACUGAUGUAAAACAUGAUUUUGCUUCAUAACCUGUUAUAGAGUGAACUUAAAGAUAGAUAUGAAACUGUUUUUGUUCCAAACGUAAUGCAAAAUUUCUUUCUCUCUGGUUAUGAACGUGAAUGAUUUGCUGUAAUUAGCAUGGGGUUUACAGGAAAGCUCCACCCUGCUUACAUCAGUAUAAAUGGAUGAUUACUAGCAUAAUGUCUCAGAUCGUUCGCCAUUGAGGCCCCCAGUUAAGCAAUUAAGCUAGCUGAUACUGCAGUUUUUCACUCUUUAACUGGUUUGCUGACUCACUCACUAGUCAGGCGCUGCCCUGCAUAUGCUUUCCUGCUAAAAUGAGGUUUAAUUAAAGUUGUUUAGUUUUUUGUUUUUCAGUCACAACUCCCCCUAAAUAUUUUUCAAAAUAAAUCUACCUGUCCUGUUAACUUAUGGCACUUGUGUAUAAAUGUAAAAUAUAUUUUUUUUUCUCUCACAACACUGUAUUGUGCUUUUUGAAAUGUUUUUGGGGGCCAAGUGUUGUCCUUUUUAUCACUAACUGCGUCUUUACUUCCUGUUUACUGUGAUUUUGUAAUUGCUCACCACAAUGUCACGAUAUCCCUCUUCGUCCUUUCAGUAUGUUUCAAACUGAGUGAUGUUUGAUGUUUUUUAUUAUUAUUAUUAUUUCUUAUGGUUUUAUCAAAAAAGAAAGUGGAAGUAACGAGCAAGGCUUGUUUGCUGUUAUUGAGUAGACCAUGGCACUGCUUUGAAAUAGAUGCAUAUUGUAAAAACACUAAUAUUCAGUGCUAGGUUUGGGUGCAUUUAAAAAAUUCUACAAAAAAAAUGAAAUAAAAAAAUGUUGUUGCAUUA